AUGAUUCCAAUAUCAUACCCUGCUCCAAGGGUUUCGCAGUUGGAUGCAACUAUUUUAGAUGGUGAAUUAGUUUCGCUUUUAUCCCAACAGCUUUCAUCGGUUUUUCAGCUACAAUCAUCAAGAUGGUGGAGCUAUAAUCAACAUCCAGAGUUGUGGGACCUUCUACUAGAUCUACUAGUGUUUAGGCUUACAGUAUGGAAAUCGGGCUCUUCGUAUGGUCUUUCACUUCAAAAUUUGAAACUCACUGAUUUCAAGUCAGGUAAUAAGAUUGGAUAUUCUAAGAGAUCUCUAUUAUUAGCCUUCAUAAUCGGGAAAUAUUUGUUUAAGAAAGCCGAAUCGUAUUUGUAUUCUUUAGAAAGACCCCCACGGAGGGAUUCCAAGGCAACAAUCGAUUCAAUAAAGCAGUUUUUUUUCAGAAACAGACUCAAUAUUUUAUCCAAAAUUAACAAUUCUAUAAAAUUAUUGAACUUAGUGAACUUUACUUUGUUCUUGAUAAGUGGAAGAUUCCCUUCAUUGUUACAUAGAGUUCUAGGAAUAUCACUAACUCCAGUUGUCUCCGAUUUAUUGAAGUUCAAUGGUGAUAAUGUUAAUUUUGAAUUUCAAAACAGACAGCUUGUUUGGAACGUCAUGACUGAAUUUUUAGUAUUCAUAUUACCUUUAUUGAGAUUGAGGAAACUACAAAGAAUGACCCAGAAACUAUUAUCUCCCUAUAAGAAGGGUGCAAAUAGCUUUGAUCAAUCUUCUGGUCUUACACCAGUAGUGACACCAUUCUCGCACUUGCCUAUCAGUCAGUGUGCUAUUUGUCAUUUGAACAACCAGAAGAGUGAUCGUAAAUCAGACUCUUUAUGUCUUGUCACAAAUCCCUACGUAACUAAUUGUGGGCAUAUAUUUUGCUACGUUUGUUUAGCAACCAAAUUCAAUGCAAAAGACAACGGCGAUGAAAAUUCAGAAAGGUGCCUUCGUUGUGGAAUAAAGUUGCAAUGGUUUGAAGAAUAUGGAACUAAUGAAAAUGAUAUAGAUAAUGACGCAAUCAUAGUUGAUUACGAAGAUGUGGUAGAAGAGGAGGAUGAUUCAGAUGAAAAUGACUUAAAUGAGAAAGAAGGGACAUCUGGAGAUAAUGAACGUGAAGAUAGGGAUUAUAGUGAUGGUCAGGAAUAUGACGAAGACGAGGAUUUGGAA